AAUGCACCUUGUUACCAUUUUAAUUGAAGUUGGUGCAAUUUUUAUAACCCAAAACUUUUUGAGAUGUUUAUAAACUUUUCCCUUUCAUGAUCAAUGCAACAUCCAACAAUGAUCCCAUUGCCGUAUUAAGGAUCAAAAUUCCAUCAUAUGUUUCAACAACAUCAAUGAUAUAUCCUUCCAUCAUCAUUUGAUUCAAUCACUCUACAAUAAUGGACAAAGCCGACUGUUGCUCUACCCACCUCAUAGAUGGAGAUGGUACUAUGGAUGUAGCUGGACUUUUAAAAUUUAUGAAGGAUGUCAAACUUUCCGAAUGCGGACUUUCUUAUGCAAUCGUUUCCAUCAUGGGUCCACAAAGUAGCGGGAAGAGCACACUUUUAAAUCAUCUGUUCCAUACCAACUUCCAGGAAAUGGAUGCUUUCAAGGGAAGGUCUCAGACCACCAAAGGUAUUUGGAUGGCAAGAUGCACCGGUAUUGAACCUUGCACUGUUGUCAUGGAUCUUGAGGGUACUGACGGGAGAGAAAGAGGAGAGGAUGAUACUGCAUUUGAGAAACAAAGUGCACUUUUUGCUCUUGCAGUUUCAGAUAUAGUGCUUAUCAACAUGUGGUGCCAUGAUAUCGGUCGUGAGCACGCUGCAAACAAACCUCUACUAAAAACUGUAUUCCAGGUCAUGACACGAUUAUUUAGUCCGCGCAAAACAACUAUGAUUUUCGUCAUACGUGAUAAAACUAGAACACCUUUGGAAAACUUAGAGCCUGUCUUGAGAGAAGAUAUCCAGAAGAUAUGGGAUUCUGUUCCUAAGCCAGAAGCCCACAAGGAAACACCACUAAGUGCAUUUUUUAAUAUCGAGGUCGUGGCCCUUUCUAGUUACGAAGAGAAGGAAGAUCAAUUCAAAGAGCAGGUGGCCAACCUCAGGAAUAGAUUCCAACAUUCUAUUGCACCCGGAGGGCUUGCGGGUGACAGACAGGGAGUUGUUCCUGCUUCGGGAUUUUGUUUUAGCGCUGAACAGAUCUGGAAAGUCAUCAAGGAAAAUAGAGAUCUUGAUCUGCCUGCUCACAAGGUGAUGGUGGCCACCGUACGAUGUGAAGAGAUUGGUAAUGAGAAAUACGCCGCCUUUGCUAAAAACAAGGACUGGUGUGAAAUAGAGGAAGCUGUACAGUCUCAACUUGUGCCUGAUUUUGGAAACAAAGUUAGUUUGCUGCUUGACACUUGCUUUACAGGUUAUGAUGAUGAGGCUGCAUUUUUUGAGGAAGGAGUUAGGAGUUGUAAGCGGAAACAACUGAAAGAAAAGUUGUUACAACUUGUUGAACCGGCUUAUCAAUCAACAUUGCAACACAUGAGGUCUGAGACACUGGACAAAUUCAUAAAAUCAUUUGAAGACGCGUUAAAUAAAGGACAAGGGUUUCAAUUAGCUUCCCGUGAUUGCACAGUAUCGGCGAUGAAAUCAUUUGAUGAACAAUGCAAAAGUGCCAUUAUCAAGCAAGCUGACUGGGACACAUCCAAAGUAAGGGCUAAAGUCUCACAGGAUAUUGAUUCACAUAUUUCUGAUGUCCGUAAUGCCAAACUGUCUGAUCUUACCGCACUAUACGAGUCGAACUUAAAGAAUGCAUUAUAUGGACCUGUGGAAGCUCUUCUUGAAGGGGCUGCUGCCGAUACAUGGCCUGCGAUCAGAAAACUUCUUCGAAACGAGACCAAAACCGCUCUCUCUAAGUUUUCGAAAGCACUCGCCGGCUUUGAAAUGGAUGAAGACGCAAAGAAAAAUCUAAUAUCAAGAUUGGAGGGUUAUGCAAUAGACGUAGUUGAAGGGAAGGCUAAAGAAGAAGCUGGUAAAGUUGUACAUAGCAUGAAGGAGAGGUUUACAACCAUUUUCAACCAUGAUAAUGAUUUAAUGCCACGAACCUGGACCGGAAAGGAAGAUAUUCGUGCAAUUAACAAAACUGCUCGCACUUCGGCUUUGAAGUUGCUCGCUGUGUUGGCUGCUAUUCGUUUGGAGGAUUAUAAUGAUAGAAUUGAGACUGUGCUAAUCCAAGCUUUAGCGGAUCCCACCAACGUCGCGGAUAAGAACUCUAACUUGCAAAACCCUUUAGCGACAAGCAAAUGGGAUAAGAUUCCAGACACAAAGACAUUGAUAACUCCUGUUCAAUGCAAAACUUUGUGGAACCAGUUUCAGAAAGAGACAGAAUAUGCUGUUACACAAGCUAUAACUGCUCAGAAAGCUAACAAGCAAAACAGCAGUUGGCUACCACCUCCAUGGGCUAUUCUUGCCUUGUUUGUGCUUGGAUUCGAUGAAUUUAUGACUCUUUUGAGGAAUCCUUUGUAUGUGCUCUUUCUCUUUGUCGGCUUUCUGCUUAUGAAAGCGUUAUGGGUUCAACUAGGCAUAGGUUCUGACUUCCAAAAUGGAAUGCUUCAGGGGCUUCUUUCUUUAACCACCAGGCUUCUUCCCGCCAUGAUGAACAUCCUCAGAAAACUGGCGGAGUUGGGAAACCGAAGAAACUAACAAAAAAACGAGUCAGUUCAUCUAGUAAUGAACUUCUCGAUGCAUACAACUAUGGUUUAUGUCAGGUUUUCAGUAACAUGUUCAAUGGAAACGUUAUUCUUUAGACUUUUAGGUGAUUUUACGACGUAAAUCAUGGAAGGUAUGAUCCAAAUUAUUUUUUUUGAGAAUUUACCUUCUUGGUUACAAUAUUUUGUUGUAAAAUCAACCGUAUAUUCUUA